AAUACACAGCAAAGUAUAUUAAACACAACUGAACUAUCUUGUAGCUUUUCUGAACCUGCUUUUACAAACUUCAGACGUAUUUAUGUAGUAAUGGAAAGUGGCCUUUGGAAUGUGUUAUUUAUAUACAUAAUCCCAAAUUGUAAAAUAUGUCAGUUAUUAUUUUAAAAUUACUGUUGCUUAAUUUAAAGUGAGCGUACCAUGAGUUUGUCAGUGAAAGACUUAACGUCUUUACUUGGGAUAUUAAAUGAAGAGAGCACUGAGGCUCAGAGUCUUGAAUCUCUGGCAUCACAAAUACACUUGUGCUUCAGCAAACAGGAUCAUUACAAAGUGGGAUGUGCUAUUAUCCUGCUUCUCCAGCAAACAGAUCUUCUCCCCAAGCCGACCCAGAGAUUGGCAGCCAUUACACUUCUUCAUGACUUGUACAGGGGAGAGUCAAUGGCUAUGAAUCCUUUUGCAACGGUGUUCAUUCACUUAUUGCAUCCUCCUGAAGAAACUAGCAGAGGUUCAACCCGCAAGCUUCAAUAUGCCGGUCAACUCCCUCGUCUCUCCACAGUAGAAAAGAACUUCCUAGCACAGCUUAUCACCAACCCAACAAAAGAGCUUCUGAAGAAAACCCCCAGUCAGAUUUUGAACAGUGACCUGGGAACAUUUCACGGUGUUGACAUCACAAGCAUUCAGCUGGCACUGGCGGAGAGACAGUCUGAGUUGCCCCACACUAGUCGGUCUGCUAUUCCUGUCAUUCUAUCAGACAAUGAAACAAGAUUUGGUUCAGUAAGUUUAUUUCCAGAGCAGAGUGUUGCAAAGAAAACAGCUGAAGCAUUGCUGGUUGGGCAGAAGCCAAUCACAGAACAGUGUUACAAGCCAGAGUUCGUGCGUCUUGUACCCCCCAUACACAGCUGUGAGGAUGAGUUGGUUUGGUUGAAUCCGACAGAACCGUCAGAACACAAGGCAGCAUAUGAUGUGACAAUGUGUGUAUCUAACUGUGAAGGGGUUGAGGCCAAAAGACUUAUGGCACGUGCUUUCAAGGGUGCCCUCACACUUCAGCAGCAGCAGCAUUUAUUGGCUGAACUGGAAAAUGACCCCAAACUAGUGUAUCACAUUGGCCUCACUCCAAGCAAGCUUCCAGACCUGGUUGAAAGCAAUCCUCUGAUUGCCAUCGAGGUGCUGCUGAAACUGAUGCAGUCCAGCCAAAUUACAGAGUACUUCAGUGUGCUUGUGAACAUGGAGAUGUCACUGCAUUCCAUGGAAGUGGUCAACAGGCUCACAACAACAGUUGAUCUUCCUACUGAAUUUGUACACCUGUAUAUUUCUAACUGCAUUUCAACCUGUGAAACCAUCAAGGAUCGUUACAUGCAGAAUCGAUUGGUCCGUCUGGUUUGCGUUUUUCUCCAGUCAUUAAUCCGUAACAAGAUUAUAAAUGUGCAGGAGCUGUUUAUUGAAGUUCAGGCCUUCUGCAUCGAGUUCAGUCGAAUUCGUGAGGCAGCUGCACUGUUCAGGCUGCUGAAACAGCUGGAAUCUGGAGAGGCAGGUGUCGUUGCCCCUGGACCAGCAAAGGGCAAGCCUGACUGUUGACAGUCCAGCAGUAAUUCUCACAAAAAAUGGGGAAUAAGGCAUGCUGCACAACUGGAAGACUCAAACUUGCUGAACCUGUCCAUUUCAUUUCUCCAGCAGUCGGGGAGCUCAAAGGCAGGUUCAACUAAUUCUGCCAUAGUUUGAUGUAGCUGAUGCUCUGAGCAAAGUUUUGUAGUAGGUAUAAUACAUAUUCUGUGUCUACAGCAUCUCUGAGGGUAUGUCAUCAAUUGACAGUUAAGGUUCAGAUCAUUACAUGUGAUUACAAAGUCACUACUUUUUAACAGUUGAUUAGAACCAAAGUCAGCAUAGUGGAGGUCUUGUUGAACACAUAUGACUCUUCCUCCAUCAGGCUGCCUACUGAAGGUAUGAUGUACCCUCAGAGAUGUUAGGGCAAAGUAUAUGUGCUUGCAUAACCAUUCUUAUGUUGCUAACUGUCAUUCAGUCACAAAACACUGUAGCAGCUCAGACAGUUCUGGGCUAAUAUGAUGCAAGUGUGGCAGUGCAGAUGCACACAGGAAACAACUUUAAACUUGUGUCCGACUACUCUGGUAUAUCUCUGAAGUUGUGUAAUCCGUCUCUUAAUGCUUCUUUUUGUGCACAGAAACUAUUUUAAUACAGUUACACUGUUUAUUGACAGGCACCUCUAGUUAUACUAAGGUAAAAGUAAUAUUUUUCUUUCUCAUAUACCUGAAUCUGAUGAUUCGGUUAUUUUACUUUACACUACAUAUGUAUAGAAUUUAAAAGGAAACAAGAUUAGUAGUGGAUGGAAUUGGGGUCAUAGGGAGGGGGUGACCAGCCGAACUACAAGGACACUGAGGUAGCGUGUGAAGUUUUCAUCUAAUAUGUGCCAAGGCCUCUUUCUUGUACUCUGUAUCUGUAAACAAUGCUUUAAGUGAACAUAUUUUAAAAAUAUACCAUUAUGAAAACUGUUUCAUCAACCUUCAAGGCAUAUGACUACUUACUAAAAUAAAUGGGCUGAUACAAAUAAUAGUAAAACUUUGUUGCUAGUCUUUGUUUGCUACAUGUAGAUUUUGGAAAUGCGGGAGAGUUUUAAAGUGCCAAAGAACAUGCUUAACCCUCCAUCCAAAGAUCUUUCAAGGUUUCAAGUUGUAAACUCGUGGCCUAAUACCCUAAUGAAGUGUGAUAUACUGAUGAUAAAUGUCACGCUGUACUCUGAGCUAGGCCACAUGUUAGACAACUCAGGAAUUAAGAUUCGAUUCAUGGCAGAUACAUGACGUUUUUCUCUACUCCACCAGCAUCAAGACUGGCUCUGGGGCCCACCUAGCCACCUAUCCAAUGGGUAUAGGGCCGAGAGGGUGAGGUUGUUUCCUCAGGGGUAAAAUGGCAGGGGCGUGAAGCUGAUCACUCACCUCCCUGUAGUGCUGAGAUUAACAAUGAUGGAGCUUACCUCCAUUCCACUCCAUUAUGUCUUCAUGGCAUGGUGUGUAAUUAGUUACACAUACGGACAACUUUACCUUUAUCUUAUAGCAUAUCUAUCAGCAUUGUGUGCUUACAUUAUAAAAAUACCCUGAAUGCCCAGAAAAU